GACUUUCAAGCUGUCAAAAUCUAACAGCUAGAAGUAUUCUCUUUAUCUUGCAUAGUCCGAGUUGCAGUACGUGUGGAAUGUUUCACUGUGUAGAGAUUGACAGGCGAACAAUCUAGACAUCAGACUAAUUUGCGGUUAGUCGCUUAAUAUAGCUAAACAACCACGAGGAAGAAAUUAGUAUCGUUUGAAUAAUCACAUGCGCUUGUUUAUGAAGUACACCACGUCACAAAAUGUUUGCUCUCACUUGUGUGUGAAGCGCCAGAUUUUCAAAGAAUGCUGUGUGGAGUGGCGAGCAUGAAGGAGAUCGGGUAUAAAGACAGGCUGUGGCAAAACAGCACUGCGGAUAGCGACGGGAUGUACAAAACGUGGGAAGUAAGUAGGACACACGACCGAGAACAACACAACGGAUGGGAUCAAGUGAAGAUCAGGCAUUCUAUCUCCCUUGGAGACGUUCGAUUGGAGGGUUUUCCAACCACAAGGAAAGGCGAAGGGAUUGAAAACCCAGAUCGGUUCUACAACAGCGAGCGAAGAGAAUUGUCGAGGAACAGCACAACGAAUAGGGAAGUGAAAACGGAUACGCAGGCCGUGGUGCGACCCCAAUUUCAAAUUACUAUCGAGCAGCCGAUCCGACGUGUCACUCCCGCUUAUAAUGUAACGUUUCUAUCACAAUUGUCAAAGACCCGCAAUGGAAGACGCGCUUCGGAUGGUUUUCUUGGAUUCUCUGGGAAAACAAGCGCUCCAGUAUUUAGCGCUGUCUCAGAAGAACACAGCACUGAUGACGACAGCGUCAAGGUUAAUUCAAUUACCCCAAACAAUUCCAUCAGCAGGGCUUCCUCGCUGAAUCGUCGCCGAUUUUCCGAUGGUAGCUUUCAUAACGUCGCAGGGUAUACAAGUUUCAAGAAGGUCAGCAUCGUGUUGCCGAGGCCGCGAAAUAGUACGAAUGAAGGUUCUGAUGAGUGUGAUGUUGAUGACAAAGGGUGUGAAAGCGAUGUAAGAGGAAAAGAUACAGAAAGUGCUGAUUGUAGCAGAAACGAAGACGACGAUCAGUGGAAGAAAUUGGUUGCACAAGCGCAAGGUUUCAAAGGACCUAAAGUAAACGGGGUUGGCAAAGUAAGACCAGGAUUACAGGUGGAGGACGUUAAAGGAAACAUUAGUCGCUCCAUGGAGGACGUGUUCAGCGACAUUAGCAGCGAGGCAUCGUUUUCAUCAAACAGUUCUUAUCACUCAUCGUCUGACAGCGAUAGUGCCGUCUACAGCACAUUAACAGCUAAGCCGAUAUCCGGCGAUUUAGCUCCUUUCAAGGACGAUAGCCACACUAGUUUGAAUACCGUAAGGCCAAUCCGACGAUUUUCCUCGGUGCAAUCGUUAGAUUCGUACCCUGCAGGUGGAAACCAUCCCGCACGUAGAUAUUCGGUUGCCACUUUAAACCCAGCACGCUCGUUUAAUAACUCAAAUGCUACAGCUAAGCUGUCCGGCUACAGCACGCAGAGCGCACUGGAACACGCCCGACAGUUACUCAGCAGGCUGCAACAAGAAGGAAAGUAUAAAAGCAAAAAAGAAAGACUGGACGAAUUGAGUAAAGCGCUAAAGUGGAUCCUUGAGGAACUUAAUCGUAUAAAAACACCAGACAGGGACCUGGUCAGUUUAUUUAUCAGUCUGCGGGCGAAAAUAGUGAACUUGAAAAGUGAACUAAAAGCGGAAGAAUUCGAUGCCACCUGUAUUGACCGCAAUGAAGUGGACAGCACCCCACGAGUCCAAACACUUCUGUUAACUGAGGAAAGGUUGACACACGCUCACUCGAGACGAUUUAGCUGGUGUUGAAAAGAAAAUAUUCUUUAUUGUAGCUUUUUAGACAUCCACGACAGAAAGAUGCAGUCGACCAGACUUUAUCUCGUGGGAGAUUUAUUUGAUGCCGGUAAAUGUUUCACAAAUGUUGCCAAGUUAAAUAUGAAAUGAAAAGAAAAGAAACAUAAACAAAGACGAAGAAAAAAGAUAUGAAGACUUUGAAGAGGAAAGCGACGAGGUCUAAAGA